GGAUAUCAUAUCAGAGCCCUCGAGUUGUGGUCGACCGAAUCCCUAAUCCCCAAUCCCCAACCUCGAAUCCCGCCGCCGUCGCCGUCGCCGUCGCCGUCCAUGGAGGAGCUGCGUCGGGCGCCGUCCUCGUCCAUGGAGGAGCUGCGUCGGCCCCCGGAGUUCGACCACAUGUUCACGGACGAGGCGUGGGCCAGGAUGAGCGAGGACACGCGGCGCCGGAUCGUCGCGAUCUCGUGCCGGGUGGAACCAGAGCCCACCCAAGAGGAAUUGGAGGCGGAGCGAGAGGACUGGGAGGCGGUGUUGCAAGGGCGGCAUUACGCUGACGAAUGCGCAGAUGAUGAUGAGGACGGCAAGACCAUGCCGAAGACGACGACGGAGCAGACCGUGGACACCCGGCCGCUGAACCACCAUAUCUCCAAACAAACAUUGUCCAGGGAUAUACGGAAAUCAAAGGCUUUUCGGUGGUAUGGAGACCACCAGCUACACCUCCUACACGGUCCCUCACCACCUGUGCCUGGUCCGAUGAGAUACGCAUCAUGUGAAUUUGGUGGUGAUGAUAGAUGCCCACACAACCCUGUCCCUAUGCUACAGUUCCUCGAUGUUAUGGUCGAGCUGUAUACUAAAUCUUACUGUUUCACCAAGUUUAUGCGUGACAAUAUGGUACAAUCGAAUAAUAUCGAGGUCUAUGGCAUGAUCGCAGUAAGGGAUUACCUGGAUUUCUCGCGCAACUACAUUUUUCAUUGCUCUAGAGAGAAUGCACAAGCAAUUGACCCAAAAGGUGGCUAUUUAUGCCUGAGGAAUCCUGCAAGAGGAAUACUCGCAUCACGCUGCUUGAUCGAAAUUGAUAUAAAGGCCAAGGCCAAGGUGGCUGAUGAAGACUUGAAUAUUGUUUCUGGUUGCCUGGAAGCAUGUGCACAGUUUGACCCGUGGAGACUGAACCAUGUCGAUGAUAUCAACGGCAAGAUUACACUGGAAACAUGUGUUGUUCCUAGAGGCAUGGAGGCUACUAUAGACCUGGAUUUUGUGGAGGUGCCUGCAGAUGGCUUUCUUGUGCACAUGCGUGGCAACACUGUCCUUUCCCAAGGAUCCUACUCCUUCAUUGAUGAGCACUGCCGUGACACAGUUGGUUUUAUACCAUCCAGCGGGAAGCACAUUCAAAAAUUCGUUGCAGCCGUGGAUCUUGGGGACACGCUGCGGAUAGAUUUCAUGGAGGAGGGCCAAGACGCGCUUUCGUUUGUGGCGUCCAAGCAUGGCGAAGAGGAGCAAAUGUAUCGGUUUAGCAAUGGAGCAUCGGUCUUGGUGCGAGUUGUGUGGUCAACCAUAUUAGGUGUAGACGACUACUAAGAAUGAUCUGUGGCACCCAGUUUUCGAGUCAGCUCCUUUGUCCGUGUUAGGGUAGCCUGAGUUAUCUUGUUCUUAGAUGGAUGCUGAUCAAUGCUGUAAUAAUGUUUAAAACCGGUUGAUCCUGCCAUUUUUCUGGACAUGUUAUGUAAUGGUGAUGUUUUAGCGCUGACUAUUAAUUUGAAGUUUUAAUGAA